ACUUUAUGUGUAUUUGAUUGAUUUAAAUUGAGUUUUAACGUUCCCGUUGCGAAACAUAAAUUAUUUGGAAUAAGAGUAACUUAUGGUAAACCUUUACAAAAGAGGAGCAGUCUCUGACUACCUUGAGAUAUUAUCAAUGGGAAGGUGUGUGGCAACUGAGUACAAAAGGUUUUAUGUUUAUCUAAUUUCAAUACUUUCGUCGUUAUUGUUGUAAAACUAUUUUACGUUGAAAAAAUCCCCGUAUUUUUUUUAACCCAACAUUGUCUCACGUCCACUAAUGACGAGGUGGGUGCGGGGGAGGGGCGGAGCCCCUCAAAUGUACAUCUGAGAGAUCUUGCGUCGACUACGCAAGCUUUAACUAGGCUGUAUUCUCUUUUUAUCAAAGAUCAAACAAACGUCGAUCAAGGCUUAGCCGAGGAAGUUGUGUCACAAACUUUGGAAGCAUGUAUGUUUGCGAGAUAUAAUCAACUGUAUAAAGCGGCGAUUCAACCAGCUGCUAUAGUAAUAGUGUUAAAAUACAGAGCUUUCCUAAUUCAAAAUAUGUGCGCGUAAGAGAUGUCGCUAAUAGCUUAAGCGCUGAGCCCUUUUUUUUGAGGAGAGCGGGGAGCGGUCCCUUUGCGUCGGGGACUCUGGCCGCACUUGCGCCUGAGCUUUCUUACGAGACACGUCGUGUAAAACAGAGAAUAAAGAGCAUUCAGAAUAUUCAAACGUGUUGCGUCAUCCUUUUCACCGUCAUAUCCUGCACUAAGUUGUCAGGUUAUGGACCCAGGACGCGCUUCCACUGCGCGAGUGCUAAAGUGAAAAUUAAGAGUGAAUCCAGGGCUGCGUUCAUAAAGUUUACUCCAAGUAGAGUUAGAGUAGAGUUGGGUUAGGUAAGAGUUAAUUCGAAGUUUGUAUGACUUUGUGAACGACCGGAGUAUCAGUUGAGUGUUGAGUUGAUAGUAAUUAAUGGCCGCUGUCUGAAUUUAUUAGUAAUUAUAACCUAAAAAGUUAAAACUUAAUAAAACAUUUAUGCAAAGAGCAUUAAUACCUGUAUCAUGGCAGAAAAUGUGAAGAGAGUAAUUUCUUUCACUAUAUUUUCUUUUGCAAAAAACUUAAUACUGCAUAUUGAAGAAGAAUCAGAUAAUGAAGACUUUGAAACGUUUUUAAUUGGGACAUAUUUGAAAGAGAAGUCUAAUCGUAUUGUUGGAUACAUGGAAAACGUAGCAAACUUUACAAAUAUAGAGUUUCAACGACAUUUCAGAUUAUCCUUUGAAGCAUUUGAGUAUUUACUGGAACAAGUUGGUCCACUAUUAAAGUCUGAAAAUGAAAAUAAGCAAACUGGUCGUCCGAAAAUAGACCCACGAAAGCAAUUACUUUCAGUUAUCUGGCUAUUAGCUACUCCUGAUUCGUACAGAUCUGUCGGUGAAAGGUUUGACAUGGCAAAGUCAUCGCUAUCAAUAUGUUUUAUGCGAGUAAUUAAUGCUCUUUGCAUAAUUGCACCUGCAGUAAUAAAAUGGCCACAAGGAAUAGAAUUUGACACAAUUGCAAAUCAAUUUGAAAAAAGUUCAAAUAUUCCGAACGUUAUUGGUGCAAUUGACGGAACGUACAUUCCAAUCAAAGCUCCAAAAAUUGAUGCAGAAAGUUACAUAAAUCGGAAAUGCUUUCAUGCUAUUACAUUGCAAGGAAUAUGUGAUGCAUCAAUGAAAUUUAUUGAUUGCUUUGUAGGAUAUCCAAGUUCUGUGAGCGAUGUGAGAAUUUUUAGAAAUUCAGACAUAUAUACUAAUAUAAUGUCAAAUACAAAUCGCUACUUUCCUGGAAAUCAAUUUUUAUUGGGAGAUAAAGCUUAUCCUGCAUUACAAUGGCUAAUUCCACCUUAUAUCGAUAGAGGAAAUUUAGAUAACGUUAAAAAGCGAUUUAAUGAAGCUUUAUCAAAAUGCAGACAGAUUAUUGAAAGGGCAUUUGCCCUCUUAAAAGGACGAUUUAGAAGACUUAAAUAUUUAGACAUGAAUCGCACAGAUUUAAUACCAGCGACAAUUUUGGCUGCAUGUGUCAUACAUAACAUGUGCAUAGAUCAUGAAGAUACUAAUAUUGAGGAAUAUAUGAACGAAGGAAUAGAAGUUGAUGACAAUAUGGAUGAAAAUAUUAGAGGCCCAGUUCAAAAUUGUCAUAAUGAAAUUAGUGGUAAUCAAAAAAGAGAUGCUCUUGCUGAAUCCCUUUAUUACAGAGCGUAAAUGUAUAUCAAUUUAUAAUAAUAUUUUGUAUUCUUUUAGUAAAUAAAUAAGUUUUAUAUCAAUUUGUAA